GUUACAGCUUCCUGUGUUGUCACACGGUAUCUCGUCUUUGAGUGUGUGUGUGUGUGUUGAGUGUGAAGAGGCGCAGCAUGCAGGCCAUCAAGUGUGUGGUGGUCGGAGACGGGGCGGUGGGCAAAACAUGUCUGCUCAUCAGCUACACAACCAAUGCCUUCCCGGGGGAAUACAUCCCCACUGUCUUUGACAACUACUCGGCCAACGUGAUGGUGGACAGCAAGCCGGUCAACUUGGGCCUGUGGGACACAGCGGGCCAGGAGGACUAUGACAGACUCCGGCCGUUGUCCUACCCGCAGACGGACGUGUUUCUGAUUUGUUUCUCCCUGGUGAGUCCGGCUUCGCACGAGAACGUCCGAGCUAAGUGGUACCCAGAGGUACGCCACCAUUGCCCAUCCACGCCCAUCAUACUGGUGGGCACCAAGCUGGACCUGCGGGACGAAAAGGACACGGUGGAUAAGCUCAAGGACAAGAAACUGGCGCCCAUCACGUACCCGCAAGGUCUGGCGCUGGCCAAGGAGAUCGACGCCAUCAAGUACCUGGAGUGCUCGGCGCUGACUCAGCGAGGUCUGAAGACCGUAUUCGACGAGGCCAUCCGAGCCGUUCUUUGUCCUCAGCCCGCUAAAGUCAAGAAGAAGCCCUGCGUGCUCAUCUGACCUCAGAACAAAGUCCUUCAUUUUUCCAAUCAGAAGAUUAGCGCAAGCAGGUAUCGACCGAUGGCCUUCCUCAAGAACGUCGAACGCUUGAACGCACGCGAGAAAUGCCAGCAAAGUGGACGGACAUGAAGCUAAGCUGUGUCAAAGCUGAUGCUCACGCAAACGGAUGAGAAAAUAAAUGCUUCUUGCUGUCAUUUCAAAAAGAAAA